CACACAGCGAGUGAUGCGAGAGCGGCCAGCGCCACCAUCCCUCACUCGUCCGGACAGGAGGUGACUCGCUCGGCGCAUGCAAUUCCUCAGGUCAUCGCCUGGAGCAAAUAAAAGAGCAGCUCUUCCUACCUACGGAUAUCAGAUCAAACCAAUAAAAAUGCAUGGCCUGUAAGGCGCCAAUCAUGGCUCACAGGAAGAGGCCUGGGACGAUUGGAGGAAGCGGUAUGGCUGCUCCGGGUCCUGUGUCCUGUCCUGCCCCUCGUCCUACAGAGCCAUGUGACCUGAAACCCCUCCCCCCUCGACAACGCCCAGUCCGCUACCCCAAAGUGCGGCGUGAUCCGAAACCUCUCCCCCGCUCCUUCAAGGCACACUAUUCCUCUGCCGAGACUCAAGACGUGGGUCGCAUUCAUUCAGAGGUGGAGGUGGAUGUGGCUGUGGACACAGAUGUGGAGGUGGAUGUGGCUGUGGACACAGAGGUGGAGGUGAAUGUGAAUGUGGAUGUGAAUGUGGACACAGAGGUGGAGGUGAAGCGGUACAGCCCCCAAGCAGACGCAGAACGGGAGGAUCCGCUGCCAGUGACACACUCUACGCCAGAACAUGAGCAGGAACAUGAAAAAGACGACCAUCACCCGGCAGACGUCCACGGUGGAGCUGACAGCCUGGAUGACGACUCCAGCUCUGACUAUAUCAACAACACCUCAGAUGACGAGGAGGACUAUGAUGACGGACUGGCAGAGGAAGACGAGGGUGUGACUUACUACAUUCGCUACUGCCCAGAGGACGACAGCUACCUGGAGGGUGUGAUGGACUGUAGCAACCAGGGUGACUGCAACCAAAGCGAGAGCCACAGCCAGGGGGACGGCGCCAGCACCACGCAGCCCAUUGAACCCCACACAGACGAAUGCCAGGAGGCUGUGGAAGGUUCGGCUGCGGAGGGAGAGGGUGAGGGAGGGGUAGAGGUAAGAGAGGAAGAAUGGGUGGAAGAUGAGGAGGCAGAGGGAACAGUGAGGGAAGAGUGGAGAGAGGAGGAGGAAGAGGUUAGGGAAGAGUGGAAAGAAGAGGAGGAGGAGGAGGCUAGGGAAGAGUGGAGACAAGAAGAGGAGGAGGAGGCUAGGGAAGAGUGGAGACAAGAAGAGGAGGAGGAGGCUAGGGAAGAGUGGAGAGAGGGUGAUGAAAAUGCAAGGGAGGAGUGGAGAGGGGAGGGCGAGGUCAGGCAGGAGCAGUGGGCUGGGCGAGACAGGCACAGGGUGGAGGAGUGGGUUGAGGAAGAGGGGAAGGUUCGCUGCGAAGUGGUGGAGCAAGACCCGGAUGAGCAGAUCUACAACGGAAGGCCGGAACCCAUCCUGGACCAUCACCACCACAAACCCUCCCUGCAAGACCCCCUGCACAACCAAGGUGAGGAGGAGGAGGCAGAGAGCGAGGAGUACUUCCCUAAUGAGGAGGAAGAUGAGGAAGGUGACGAGGAGGAGAGACACGGACGGGCCUACACCGGAGACUACUAUGCCCCCGAGGACAAUGGGAACUCAGUGCGAGUCUCUCCGUACCGUGGUCGUAAAGUGGUGGUGGUAGAGCGGGAGACGGGCGAGGAGGCAGAGGAGGACAUUGACCAAAUUGUCGCUGAGAUCAAGAUGAGUAUGAGCAUGGGAAGUCUAAGCAGCGGUACCGACCAAAGCCCAGAGGAGCUGCUGCAGGACCCCGCGCCGAGUGACUACUCUCUCGCCAAGCCUGACCCGGCCCCCUACCCACCUGCUCACCACCGGCACGACAGCAGGCCCAAGUCUCUGAAUCUCCCCUCCAUGCACCACAACAACCCUGACCUCCAGAGGCCGAUCAAGGCGCAUCCACGGUCCCCUGAAGACAGACAGAGAUGGGCUCAGGAGCAGGUGAGCAAUGGUGCAGAGCAACCCAGAAAGCAGCAGCGCUCCGACCUCAACGUCCCCCUGGAGAACAACAAUGUACCAGAGCCAACGAAGAAGGCUGCAUCGUUCCCCAGCUUUGUCGACGUCCCAGGACCGUGUGAGCCAGAAGACCUGAUUGAUGGAAUUAUCUUUGCUGCUAACUACCUGGGCUCCACUCAGCUGCUGUCUGAGAGGAACCCGUCCAAGAACAUACGCAUGAUGCAAGCGCAGGAGGCUGUCAGCAGGGUCAAGAACACAGAUGGAGACGCUCAAACCCUCACUGAGGUCGAUCUGUUCAUCUCCACCCAGAGAAUCAAAGUCCUCAACGCAGACUCGCAGGAGACCAUGAUGGACAACGCUCUCCGCACUAUAUCCUACAUCGCUGAUAUUGGGAACAUCGUGGUCCUGAUGGCGAGACGCCGGAUGCCGCGCACGGCCUCACAGGACUGCAUUGAAACGACGCCCGGGGCCCCUGAGGCAAAGAAACAGUACAAGAUGAUUUGCCAUGUCUUCGAGUCUGAGGAUGCCCAGCUCAUCGCUCAGUCCAUCGGCCAGGCGUUCAGUGUCGCUUACCAAGAGUUUCUGAGAGCCAAUGGCAUCAACCCCGAGGACCUGAGCCAGAAGGAGUACAGUGACAUCAUCAACACGCAGGAGAUGUACAACGACGACCUUAUUCACUUCUCCAACUCCGAAAACUGCAAAGAGCUGCAGCUGGAGAAGAGUAAAGGGGAGAUCCUGGGUGUGGUGAUCGUAGAGUCCGGCUGGGGAUCCAUCCUGCCCACAGUUAUCUUAGCCAACAUGAUGAAUGGUGGGCCGGCGGCUCGCUCUGGCAAACUCAGCAUCGGAGACCAGAUCAUGUCCAUCAACAACACCAGCCUCGUGGGGCUGCCACUCGCCACCUGUCAGGGAAUCAUCAAGGGCUUAAAGAACCAGGUUCAGGUGAAGAUGAACAUUGUGAGCUGCCCUCCUGUCACCACCGUCCUCAUCAAGAGACCAGAUCUCAAAUAUCAGCUCGGCUUCAGCGUCCAGAACGGCAUCAUAUGCAGUCUGAUGCGAGGAGGAAUCGCUGAGCGAGGUGGCGUCCGUGUGGGUCACAGGAUCAUUGAGAUCAAUGGGCAGAGUGUGGUGGCCACAGCACAUGAGAAGAUUGUCCAGGCCCUCUCCAACUCCGUCGGCGAGAUCCACAUGAAGACGAUGCCGGCGGCCAUGUUCAGACUUCUGACAGGCCAGGAGACGCCCAUGUACAUAUGAACGCCAGCCAGGGACCGUCCCACAGGACGUCGGCUGUGAUUGGUUCCCAUCCCGACCAGUGACAGGACGGCGACUCCCCGUCCAUUCCUCUCUCCCUAUUUUGAUUUCUCUCUUUCGUUGAGCUAAUGACUUCAACUCUUCAUCAUUCCGUUGUCUGUGCUUAACAUGCAGCAGCCAUCUUACUGACAUGAAACCCUUUUUUCCAUAUUUCCAGCUGGAGAGAACAGCGUGUGUGUUUGUGUGUAUAUACAUAUAUACACUGUUUAUAUAAUUUAUUUGUCCUCUCUGUGCUUUCUUGUGUGUGUCUGUGUGGACGGAUGGACUUAUCGAGCAAGUUCUUUUUUUUUGUAUUCACGUAAUGCAAUACGAUACUGAAACUAUACACCUUGUAUACUUUCAUUUUCUUCUCCAUUUAUUUAUUUCUCAUGUAAAUACAUAUUUUGCUAAUAUUGUGACUAGAGGGUUGGGGAGGGGCACAGCUGCUUUGUAAAUAUGGAAUCUCGCUGUUGAAAGAGGACACGGUACUUGAUGAAGGCAAAGACACAAUUAAAUAAAAACGCCGGAUAUCAUUACAGUUGCCAUGAAAAGGGAGUGGGGGGGGGGGAUUAUUUUGGUGUUUAAUAUGUUGGUAAGUUGAUAUAAUGUCCACGUGAAUCAAACCAAUGCUUGCAGCAGGGGUUAAUGGGAGAAACGCCAUAUCCAUUUGAUUUCCCUUCAUUUUACGGCAAUACACAAGUUCGACCUCCGAGUGACAGUUCAAGUCUUUUCUAAAGCUCAUGUACAAAACACACUCACACACCGUUUAAAUAACACGCAACCCAACACAACUAUUAACACGCGUUAGUUAUGCUUUGGAUAUAUCAACACAUCACACGAAUGAAAAAUAGGACGUUUCUUUUUUUUUUCUCUACUGUGUGCUCAUCUGUCGUGUUCCUGACUGACGCUCAUGGAGACCGUGAGUGGAUCGUGAAUGUAACUGUGUCGUGCGAGCUGUCCCAUUGCCAUAAGCAGUAUUAGAAUGUCUGUACAUAAAGAGAAAACGUGUCUGGUGUUGUGCUCAUGUUAAAAAAAGAGAAAACGACACAGCAGGUUUAGUCACUGCAAACGUCCUCACACCUGUACGUUGGCUUUCCGUCUUGAGAGGGAGCGAGAGGGAAUCACACACUGUGAAAGGAAACAGAAGCCGUCACCGCAGAGUCACGGCUUCACAACGCAUCGUAGUGAAGUGGAUCCAUUUGAACAUUUUCUGUGUGCAUGCCUCGUAAAAAGUUGUAUCACGUCACUGUGGCAAGAAAAUAAAA